AUGGGUUACUACGGGAACAACCCACAGGUCAAAUCGAAGGACACCGCUAUCCUCAUCCACAAGUCCAUUCCUUUUCACCAUCGCGCUAUGCUUAACGGUCGAUACAUCUUCCUCAAAGGGGAGAUUCUAGGCCACAAAUACAGGUUUACUAAUAUCUACGCACCAAACUCACAGCAAGGUCAUGCUGUAACAUGACAUGAAACCUCAUGUCAUGUUACAUGUUACAUGCUGUCAUGUCAUGUUACAUGAAACCUCAUGUCAUGCUGUAACAUGACAUGAAACCUCAUGACCUUUGUGGAGGGCAUAUUAAUUUUAGGGGGCGAUCUUAACAUUGCUUUACACCCACCAAUGGACACUUCCACAGGUACAUCGACGGUACCAGAACACAUACUACAGGCGGUCAGGAACCUUCUACAUACACAGUGACUAACAGACUGCUGGAGGGCUUUACACCCAGAUGGUAGAGAUUAUUUGCACUAUUCUAUAACCCAUUCCAGAUACUCCCGACUGGACUAUUUCUUCAUCCCCUAUUACCAUCUCCACACAGUACAUAAGGCCCCUUAUGGCCUGAUGACCUGGUCUGACCAUGCCCCACUCUCUGUGAGCUUGACAUCCUCACUCUCCAGACCCAAGACAAUUAACUGGAGACUGAAUGAGACACUCCUAGACAACCCACUGGUUUCACAAGAAGCACACACUGCCCUGAUGGACUAUUUCUCUGAGAACACAACUUCUGAGGUCUCGACCCCGGCCAUCUGGGAGGCACACAAGUGCACCAUUAAGGGAAUUUUUAUAGAAUGGGGAACUAGGAUCAAGCGGGAAAGGGAAGAGGAAAUACGUAAGCUUACCAACAUUCAAAGAUUGGAACUCCUACAUAAGUCCCAGCAGAUUCUAACCACCUUCCAGGACCUAGCCACACUACGCCGUGAACUGUCAACCCUCCUUCAUCAGCGUCAUCUGUGCACCCUCCAACACACCAAAGCGCACUUCUACCUGCACAGCAACAAAUGCGGCAGGUUGCUUGCCCAAAUGAUUAACAAACAGAAAUCAAAGUCCUACAUCACCCUGCUACGGACCAUCGAGGACGGGUACAACGGUUGCCCGACGGUAUCGCCUAGGUGGCCCAUUUAUACUACGAAAAUCUGUACUCAACGGGGACAGAUAGGAAUCACUCUCAACCAAACCGAAGGACGGAAGCCAUCCAAGCCUCUUUGGAAGCUAAUAUCUACACAAAACUGA